UGCAGUCACUAUCAGAAUGCGGCCGAUCUUCACAUCGGUUUGACGGACUCCAAGGGAGACGUCUAUGAGUUUGACAAAUACGGUCUGCGGUCGGGCACCGGGAACUCGUCGUGGAACCAGUGCCUCAGCGUUCCCAUCGUGACUGACGUGGACAACAUGUGGAAAGACUACUGGGACUACACGCUGCAGAUCGCCGCCCAAAUGGAUCGAUGGCAACCCAAUCAGUAUUCAGAGGACCAAAACAAUUGCUAUUCGUUUGUCAUCACGUUUUUGAGAAUGCUUCGCGUGAAGGAUCUGAAGCCGUCGCUGAACAGCAAAACCCAGUUCUGCAAAGACUUUAUUGUCCCGCGAACUAAGAAUGCGGCCAAAUAUAUAGCACUGUAUCGGCGGGUGGUUAAGGAGGGCAUCUGUGUCCUCAACACCCAGUCUCCUCGUCGUCGUAGCCAACGAUCGCUGGCUCUUCAGGCGCUGAGCACUUGGUUUCGACGUAAGUGGAGCGACAAUACUAUGGCGGCCAGCGGGCGGCCCAACUGGAGCGGCAAAACCAUCGAGAAUGCCAGUCCCACGACGGAAGUGCUGCCCGAAUACGACCAGUUCGGUCACGGACACUAUUUCACUAAGAAAACCUUCCAUAAGCCCACCUAUUGCCACCACUGCACCGACAUGUUAUGGGGACUCAUCGGACAGGGAUUCAUAUGCGAAGUUUGCAAUUUUGUUGUUCACGACCGAUGCCUCAAAACAGUGGUCUCUCCGUGUUCUACGGUUGCCUCCAAUGUUAUCAAGAAUCCGGUACCUCAUUGUUGGUCAGAUUGCGGUCAUUUAAAGCGAAAAUUCUGUAACGUUUGCCGCAAACGAAUUGAGGACCAGAGCGCCGUCAGGUGCGAGAUAUGCGAAUACUGUGUUCAUUUAGAUUGUCACGACUUCAGCGUACCUGACUGUAAGGAAUGUGCCACUUAUGUUCCUGACCAAGAAUUGCUACAAGUAGUCCAAAGCCACCACUGGAGGGAAGGCAACCUUCCGGCCAAUUCUAAGUGUCAUUAUUGCAAGAAGACGUGUUGGUCUACCGAGUGUUUGGCGGGCAUGAGAUGCGAGUGGUGCGGGUCUACCGCACACGCCGUGUGUUACCGUCAUUUGGCGCAGGAAUGUAACUUCGGAUGGUUGCAGUCGAUUAUGUUACCACCAUUUUGUAUAAGCAUUCCCAGGACUGACGUUCCUCUCGAGACUAUUAUUGGGGUCCAGAAUAGGAAAAAGGAAACCAAUUCACCUCGGAGCGCUUCUGAAGAAUUCUCUUCCGGUUCUGACAUCAGAAGCAAAGACGCCGACGAAUAUCCGUCGCCUAAAGACAAGGAUAAGGACGAAGAAACAAUCAAAGUCUAUGACGGAAACGCUUCGAUGAAAAGACGAACAUUUAGGACAAUCACAAUCUCCAGGAGCGCCACCAAAGACCAGAUUAUAGCUGCAUGUCUUCGAGCAUUCCAUAUACACGACGAUCCCCGCCAUUACAUUAUCACCGAUGCUUACGAUACCAAUGAGAAAGAGCUCUGCGAAUUCAUGCCCGUCCAGAGUCUCAUUAGGGUCGAAGGCAAACGAUGCGGACUGUUCUUCAGGUAUAGACCGCCCAAUCCAGAUGAAGGUUCCGUAAAAGUGUAUCCGGGAAAGUUAAACGUGACCGACACCUAUAGAGUCAUUCCCGUGACUCUGGACACCAGUGUCGAGGACGUGAUGAUCGCCGCAUUGGAUCAGUUCGGCUUAGAUUCGGGUGAUUUGAAUCGAUAUCGUUUGGUUGAAUUCGGCUUAGAUUCGGGUGAUUUGAAUCGAUAUCGUUUGGUUGAAGUGUCGUUAGACAAAGGAUCUGUUCACGAGAGAACUAUGGAUAACACAGAGAGUCCCUGGGCUAUUAUCAAAAGUUUAGCACGGGACUCAAUUCGCCAGAAAGACAACACCCGGUUCUACCUGCAACAGGUGGAUGAAGUCUACUGUUCCAAUGUCGCCAUUUUUGUGGGAAAUUUACCACCGAAUCUGUCUCAACGACAAUACGAAAGAAUUUUAGUUGAAUUACUAGGGAAACCAUAUAAAUAUCGACAAAUCGGUCCAAUAUAUUACGAAUACGGAUCACUGAUAGUGACCUACGAUAACGCAGACAUUGCCGUCAAAGCCUAUUAUAUGCUGCGAGAGUCGAGUUACGACGACAAGAAUCUUCUGGUUCUUCUAUUGCCUAAUAUCAUGGCUGAUAUGAUUCCUCCCGGCGUUAGGCCGUUAUUAGUAUUUGUAAAUGUAAAAAGUGGUGGUUGUCAGGGUCUCGAACUUAUAUCAUCAUUCCGUAAACUUCUGAACCCCUAUCAGGUCUAUGAUCUCGAGAACGGAGGACCUCUACCUGGUUUAUAUGUUUGUCGACAUAUUAAAGACUAUAAGAUAUUAGUCUGCGGAGGGGACGGAACGGUCGGUUGGGUCCUUCAAUGUCUGGAUAACGUGGGCCAGGAUUCCGAGUGCCAAUCGCCUCCCUGUGCUAUCGUCCCACUGGGCACGGGUAACGACUUGGCGCGAGUUCUGCGUUGGGGUCCGGGCUAUACCGGUCAGGAGGACCCGGUCUCUGUGCUAAAGGACGUGAUCGACGCCGAAGAGAUCCGGUUAGACCGGUGGACAGUUGUGUUCCAUUCGGAUGAGGCCACCAAACAGAUGGAGGAGAAGCCCGGCCUCCCGGCCAACAGUUCCGGCUCCACAUCGGAAGACAAUACGGCUAUCUUUGUGAUGAACAACUACUUCGGACUCGGAAUAGACGCC